ACGCUAUUCGAGAGAUCCGGUUACUUAUGGUUAAUGGUGGUACAACUUAGCCUGCUGUUAGUCGGCAUCAUCCUGGUAACUGUAUUUCGGCGGCGACUGGUCCCGUUAUGUUUGAUACCCGAAAUCGGUGUCCCAACCAAAUAUAAAGCUGGCACAUUUUACCGACUCUAA